AUGUAUUCUGCUCUGUUGUUUCUUCGUGUUAAAGCAAUUUCAUAUCAAAGUAACAAAUACACAAGACAAAUUAACAUGCAAAAUUCAAUCAUAUUUAUAUUAUUAUAUAUUACUUCCUUCGUAUACUCAGAUGAUUCUGAGCUAGGAAAAUUCACUUUGAAACCCGGUUUAAUGAGCAGAUUAUGGGACCCACAAUGGCCAGACGACGAUUUUGAUACUUGGGGGGUUACUAUGGCUACUUAUUUUAGAACAGGGAAAUAUAUGGACACUGCCAAAUUGUUAGGUACAACUUCAGGGGUUUCGGAUCCAAGGAUAAAUUACGAUUCAAAACUUGCUAGUACUGUGUAUGGAUUUGAUAUACCAACAGAUUUGCAAGACUUUGUUAUAACGUUAAGAGGAUUUUACAAAGCACCAGCAUCAGGACUUGCAAAAAUUUCGGCUACAUUUAAUUCGGAGCUAGAUUCUGAUGGUAAAUAUAGAUUCUCCAAUGGUUUGGUGUACUUUAAUAUUAGUUUUGGUAUUACUACCUCUUUAGAUGGUGAUUCAGCUACCUGUUUGGAUUCUGGUAGGGCUACUCAAGCUUUCAACACUUUUAUGUUCUAUUAUGUUGACAAUGUUCCAGAUCAGGAAUUUGAAGGGAAUUCAAAUUAUGCAUUUAUUGAAGGAAAUUUGUAUCCAAUUAUUAUUGCUAUAUCUAACCGCGAAACUCUAGUUGAUAUUUCACAUUUUUCACUUGUGAUAGAAGGUGUCGAAUAUCCUUUCAAUGAAGAGAAUCUUUUCACAUUAGAUUUAGAAGACUCAGAUUGGGCCGAAACUGAUCAGCGUAUGUUCCCAAGGUAUUGUCCCGUUUAUACUACCACUACUACGUACACAGAGGCACAAGUGACCGAAACAGCUACGAUAGCAACAAGUAUGGCCACAUAUACAGACGAAAAUGGUAGUGUGACGACAGAGACGAUAUAUGUUGUCGCCACUCCUGGUGAAUACACAGCAUCAAGCACCGAACCUAUUGUGUCAUCUACUUCAGAUGUCGUUUCAUCAUCCACAGAUGUUUUAGAAUAUUCUUCUUCUGAUAGUAUCGAAUCUUCAACAACAGAAGUUGUAGAGNUAACAUCUAGUUCGGAUAUUAUUGCAUCCUCAACUUCAGAAACUACCGCAUCUAUAACUUCGGAUACUAUAGAAUCAUCUUCUUCGGUUAUUGUUUCAUCAACAUCUGAUAUAACCGAAUCGAUAACAUCAGAUACUUCACAGUCAUACAGUGUGUCUAGUGCUGCUUCUUCAACGACUAAAUAUACUGCAUCUGAGUCAUCUAAUAUUGGUGGAAUUGAAACAUCAACAUUCACGUCAAACGGCGUAAAAUCCUCCUCAGAUGUUGCUAAAUCUAUUUCUCAGACAAAAAUAUCAAUAGAUACCGAAGAAACAGAGGCCACAUACCCAUCAUCUGAUUUUCAAGCAACAAGAUCUACAUUUAUGGAUUCAGUUUUCGCCGCAGAAAGCACCGUUGUAACAAAAACUUCGUUAUCAUCAUUAAGUACUUAUAUUCCAACUACUUCAGUACAUACUGUAUCGACAACAAAACAAGGAAAUGAAUACACAGAUGAUCAAUUAGUUGUUAAUACUGUCACAACCAGAAAUAUCGGCAAUGAUAAUAGUGCAAAUAUUAAAACAGAUGUUGUAGAAAAUACUGAAAGAACUACCGUCUCAUAUUCUACAUCUAGCAAGGUGCCAACAACUAUCACUACAGUUGCUGCAUCUACUAGAAUUACAUCCACUCAUGAAACCGACUCUUCCGAAGAGACAUUUUUAUCUACAUCCAGGCCACAGUUUGUGACACUUUCAGUUACGUCAUUUUCCCUUGACUAUAGUGGUAAUGCAGCUUCAUUAACCAGUGUAAACAUUUGUCUAGUUAUAAUAUUUUAUCAAUUCCUAUUCUAA